GCAAAAAUCCUCGCCUCGCCUCGCACGCGUGAGAGUAUUUAACUGACGGGCCGAGGCGACCGCGAGGAUGCGAGCUCUCGCGGCAGCAGCAACUGCAGUGGCGGCGCCUAUCCCCGCGCGCCUCCGUCUCCGGCUCCCGCUUGCCCCGCGCUCCGGUCACUGUAGAGCGGCUUCUUCCGCGAGGCUACUGAGGAGCGCCUGCAGUGCGACCACCAUGGGAGACGAGACCUCGACAUCGGUUCCCUCCCAGUCGCAGGAAGCUACGGUGGGUGCUGGCAGUGUCAAGCAACAGCUCUCCAAGUUGGUCAUUUCGUCCCUCCGCACGACAGUGUCUGAAGUGGAUGUAGAACCGAUGGUUGAAGUAUGCACAGCAAAGUUUGGCGACUACCAGUGCAACAAUGCUAUGGGAUUAUGGUCGAGGAUUAAAGGAUCUGGGACAAGUUUCAAAAACCCGAAUGCAGUUGGACAGGCCAUUGCCAAGAAUUUGCCGUCCUCUGAUAUUAUUGAGUCCACUUCUGUUGCUGGACCUGGCUUUGUGAAUAUUGUCUUAUCGAACCGCUGGGUUGCAAAGAGAAUACAAGACAUGCUUGUGAACGGCAUCAACACUUGGGCACCAAUUCUUCCAGUAAAGAGGGCAGUGCUUGAUUUUUCUUCGCCCAAUAUCGCAAAGGAAAUGCAUGUUGGACAUUUGAGGUCAACAAUUAUUGGAGAUACCUUAGCACGCAUGUUUGAGUUCUCAAAUAUUGAUGUUCUUCGACGAAAUCAUGUGGGAGAUUGGGGUACACAGUUUGGGAUGCUCAUAGAAUAUCUGUUUGAGAAGUUUCCAAAUUGGCAGGAAAUAGGUAGCCAGGCCAUUGGCGACCUUCAGAUUUUCUAUAAAGCAUCCAAGCAUAAAUUCGAUAAUGAUCCAAACUUUAAAGAUAGGGCUCAACAAGCAGUCGUUCGGCUACAGGGCGGGGAGGAGAAAUACAGAGAUGCAUGGAAAAAGAUUUGUGAAGUCAGCCGAAGUGAAUUUGACUUGGUCUACAAGCGCCUAAAUGUGGAGCUUGAAGAAAAGGGGGAGAGUUUCUAUAAUCCUUAUAUUCCACAAGUUUUGGAGGAAUUGAAUAACAAAGGCUUGAUCAAGGAGAGUGAGGGUGCUCGAGUUAUAUUCAUUGAAGGUCAUCAAAUCCCUUUGAUAGUGGUUAAAAGAGAUGGCGGCUUCAACUAUGCCUCAACAGACUUAGCUGCUCUUUGGUAUCGGCUCAAUGUUGAAAAGGCUGAGUGGAUUAUCUAUGUCACAGAUGUUGGUCAGCAGCAACACUUUGACAUGUUUUUCAGUGCUGCUAGGAUGGCUGGCUGGCUUCCAGAUCCAAAAGACAAGAAGUUUCCAAAAACGAGUCAUGUUGGAUUUGGUCUUGUUCUUGGGUCAGAUGGCAAGCGCUUCCGCACUCGCAGUACUGAAGUUGUUCGAUUGGUAGAGCUACUUGAUGAGGCUAAAUCUCGGAGUAAAUCUGAACUACUUCAGCGCCUUACCGAAAAUGGUAAAAUUGUUGAGUGGACUGACGAGGAACUAGAGAAAACUUCAGAGGCAGUUGGAUAUGGCGCUGUGAAGUAUGCGGAUUUGAAGAACAAUCGGCUGACAAAUUACACAUUUAGUUUUGAACAGAUGCUAAGUGAUAAGGGAAAUACUGCUGUGUACCUUCAGUAUGCUCAUGCUCGCAUUUGUUCUAUCAUCCGAAAAUCCAACAAGGAUGUGGAAGAACUGAAAAUGAGUGGGGCCAUUUCUCUUGACCAUCCAGAUGAGCGUGUAUUGGGACUGUAUCUUAUCCGGUUUGCGGAGGUUGUUGAAGAAGCGUGCACCAAUCUCCUUCCAAAUGUUCUGUGUGAAUACUUGUACAAUCUAUCCGAAAUGUUCACAAAAUUCUAUACCAACUGUCAGGUGGUCGGGUCACCGGAGGAGACCAGCCGGCUGCUGCUUUGCCAAGCGACUGCUGUUGUCAUGCGACAGUGCUUCCAGCUGCUCGGGAUAACGCCAAUUUACAAGCUGUGAUCUCCCCGUGUUUGAUUUACAUUUUCGACAUCAGUUUUCAUACGAACCCCUAUUCAUCAUGGUUGCAGUUUUGGUCUUGUAACCUAGUUGACGCAGCUAACACGCUCAAUUCAACUGCCCCUUAUUCGAAUACAGAAGCGAAAGAUUGUAGCAAAAUAUGCUUGCAAAGUAAAGAUAUUAUUGGUGCCUUGUGUCA